UAACGGCAGCCCAAUCCUCAGCAAUGUUAAAUAGGCCAUUCAAGGUAGGGUAACAUCAAGGUUAUUUUCAUGCAGCUUUAGUUAAAGCAGUUUAGUUCCUUGUUUGUAACGAGUGUAAAGGGGACGUGUGACAGUUGCGUCUUAGAAUUAACUGAACUAAAUCGGACGGGGAAAGGCAGUUUAGUUCCUUUUUGAUAGUUCUGCAGCGCUCCUUUUUUUAAGCAAAUCGAGCAUCCAGUAGAACGCGAUGUCGAUGCCAGCGGAUUUCGAGUCCCUACAACCGGAAGGUCAAGCCUUUGUUCGAGACCUAAUAGACAAACAGAUCAGGGGAGACGAAGACUGGACUGUUACCAGGAAGGACGUGUCAGAAGUGAUUGCCGAGGCGACAAAAGAGACCGCUUACGAAUUCAAAGGGACGAGGAGAGAAAUCAUUAUUCCGUCACCGCACGUGAAAGAGGGUCUUCCAGCGUGGGUUUACGCCCCGGCCAUUUGCCCCAAGAACCCUCCAAUCCUAGUGUUUUUUCACGGUGGAGGCUGGGUCAUCGGUUCAUUGAUCGAUGCGGAUACUUUCGUGAAGAUGCUAACUGAUACCGCCAACUGCAUCAUAGUGAGCGUAGACUACCGCCUGGCACCAGAGCACAAAUAUCCCGCCGCCAUUGACGACGCCGAGACUGCCGCCAAAUGGAUUCUGGGGAACAAGGAAUCUGUCGGCGGCAGCACGGUCAGUAAGGUUGGUGUCAUAGGUGACAGCGCGGGAGGACAUCUAUCGGCCUGUGUGUCACAUGAUGUCCCAGGAAUAGCAUUUCAGGUGCUCAUCUAUCCAGUGACGGAUAUGCGGAUUGACACCCGGGAGUCGUACAAACGCUAUGCGGAGGGCUAUGUUCUUACCACUGAGUCUAUGUACUGGUUUGUAAAUCACUUCCUCCACAACGAGGCUGAGAGGUCGGAUCCACGUGCAUCUCCAAUUCUCCGGUCAAAGUUUGACCAUCUUCCACCAGCCUUGUACGUCGCCGCUACCCAUGAUGUCUUGUUUGACGAAGGGAUGGAAUAUGCCCAAAAACUGAAAGAAGCGGGUGUUACGAUUGAAACCCUUAUGUUAGAGGGCAUUACCCACUGUUCGAUAAAUUUCCCAAAUUAUUACAAAGAGACGGAUGCCAUGACAUGCAGGAAGAUCGCAGAGUUCGUAAAAAAGCAUUCUGAAUAAACAUCCGCCGUUCCAGUAUAAAUCAUGAGAAGCAAGGUGUGGUCAUAUAUGAGUAUUUACUGCAAGAUAGGAUACACUGGUAACUAACAGCGACGUAUAUCGUUUGAUUAUAGUGGAGUAUUAGUUAUACAUGCAUAUGCUUUCGAUACCCAAUAUUUAAAUCCGGCAACAUUAUGCCGAUUAGUCCGUAGGGUUUAUAGAUUGUGAUUUUCUGAAUGGUUUUAGAAAAAGUUUUACUUUGGUGAUUUUUAAUCAAAUUAUGUAAAAUUAACACGUUUGAUGUAACACGACUUUGUUUUCAAUUCAGUUCAGGCAAGGUUAAGGUAUAUUCCCUGAGGUCUUUCCUUGUUUUGUAAUUAUUCAGUAUUAAGGGCUUAAACUUUCUUGGUCGGACUGGAAAAUGUUUGUUUGUUUAUAAAAGCAAUGUGGCUAAUCUUCAUGUGUAGACAAUGCACAUAGAAAAAAAUU